AGUUCUGGCACUGAGCUGAAAUGAAGUAUUCUGAGCAAUCCCAUCACAUACAGACCAGCAACAGCAGAAUGCAGACACAAAUCUGGACUCUCUUCGUGUGGGCGUCUCUGUCAGAGGCCUUCAACAUCGACACUGAACAUCCACUGAGAUUUAAUGGCACACCAGAAGAUUUCUUUGGUUACAGCGUUUAUCAGACUGAGUUUGGAAACAGGAAACAGAUCAUUGUUGGAGCCCCAUUACAAGGAAACUUGAGAGGGGAAAUUUACAGCUGCACUGCAGAUCUGCAGUCCUGCAAACAGCUGCAGCGGCCAGGUUCAGAGAGCGUCCGGUUCAUCGGCAUCGAGCCGUGGCUACGAUCAAAUCUCACGUCAGAAUGCACCAUGAGAGAAGUCAAUGUGGUGUUUCUCUUUGAUGGAUCCAGCAGUAUGAAAGCACAUGAGUUUCAAAUGAACAAAGACUUUAUUAAAAAUGUUAUGAAGGAACUUUCAGACUCAUCCAUAAAGACUUAUUUAAUUACAUUUUUUUAA